CUGCUUUGGUGCAAGAUGAUCCUGUUGCUUUGUCUAUUUUAUUCCAUCUGGGUGGAACUCGCUUGGAGUCAGGAGGAAAAUGAAGGUUUCAGCUUUGAUGGAAACAUUCAGCAGGUCGCAGUGGCUGGUAACUAUUUUUACAUUGCUACAGAGGACAAGCUUUACCAGCUGAGUCACAACCUGACCCUGAUCCACAGCCUGACCCUGAGAGGCAUCCUGAAGAACGAGGAUCCGAUGGGCAACGAGGAGUUUUACCGGGUCUCAGAAAAAGCUGUGUUUAACGCAACUUUUAGCAUCAAUGUUUUACUGCCAUUUAUUAGGAACGAAACAGCAGCCAGCUGUGGUUUGAUUGACAACAGCUGUGGUUAUUGUGAGGUUCUAGAUCUGAAGAACAUCUCCAAGGUUCUGUACAGAGAACACAUUGAGGUGGGUCCUCCGAGAAGUAGAAGCGGGUCUGUCAGCUUCCUGGUGGAUGUGAAGAAAGAUUCAACUUAUAAGACUUACAUUCUGACAGCGAUACAGAACCACAGAGACAAGUCAGAGAAGAUAAAAUGCAUGUCUGAUCAAGUGACUAUCAACCUUCAAGAUACAGAUCAUACGGGGAUAGGAGGUAUAUUUUCUCUGUCUGAUGAAUCUGGUAAAACACCCGGCAUCCAAACUGAAGCUGAUGUAGAGUUUGUGGACGGAUUUCAGAUAAACUCAACAGUGUAUCUGUUCUCCAACGUGGCUUCAGGAGCUAAAACCAACAAAGUCCGUCUCAUCUGGCUUCAGGCUGAAACCAGUAAAACUCAGACUCUGAAAUCUCUUCAUGGAGCGACUCUCAGAACCUCCAAUGGAGAUGAAGGCAGCAGACUGCUGGCCUCCUCAGUCAUCCCAGGUGGACAGCAGGUCCUUUGGAGCGGAGUUUUCAGUUUGGACGGAGGAGAAACCAACACCGAGCUGCUGCUGUUUGACAUAACUCCUGAUCAGAGAAUAAAACCAUUCAUAGAUCCAGACUUCUAUGACACACCAAAAAAACCAAACAACCCGUCAGAACCUGUGGCCCUGAAACCAAAGGCUGUGCUCUUUAAGCAGAACCACAUGAGCUCGGUUCUGGCAGUCCGGCUGAACGGCUGGAUGGUUUUCUUCAUUGGAACAGCAGAUGGACAGCUCAUCAAGCUUGCUGUGGACAGGAACUAUCAGCCCACCUGUCCAAAGAUCCUCUACAGAACCAGUGGAGACAACAGAGUGUUUCCGUAUCUCUAUUUGGACCCAGUGGAUCAGAAACAUGUGUAUGUGCCAUUUAAAAACCAGAUUAAGCGUCUUCCGGUGUCAAAGUGCAGCACUUAUCAAAAUGUGAAGGAUUGUCUUUCUGCACAGGAUCCAUUCUGUGUCUGGUGUGUCUCUAAACCAAGCUGCACAUUUAAAGGCGACUGCAAAGAUGCAGAGUGGUUGUCCAUCCCUGAUGAUUCCAAACAGAAAACGGUUUCUCACAGAGUUGUGAAGGACUCCACAGGAGAGAUCAAAUUAAUUAUUCAGACACACGUUACUAUGGAGCAGAAGGUUCCGACUAACUUCGCCUGUCAGUUCUCUCCAUCCUCUGGUCAGCUUUGUGGAGGACAUGGAACACGACCACAUUACCCACAAUGCACCUGCAUCCUCAACAGCACUUUUCCUGCUGAUGAUGUUAUUGUCACCAUAAAGAUGAGACUUGGAAACACAUCUCUGACAGAACAAAUAAAGAUGAUCAACUGUUCCAAUGUACAUGGGCAACCAAGUUUUCACCUGUGUCAGCGGUGUAUCAGAGCUGGGUGUGGAUGGAGACAGAACAGCUGCUCCUGGGCCAGUGAUCCAGUCCAGAACGACAGCGUUUGUGUGAACAUUGGGCAGUUUGGGAUGAACUUUUCUAAACCAGAGAUCUCCUCCAUCACUCCCAGUGUUGUGUCUUUUUAUGGCAGAAAUCAUGCUGUGUUAUCAGGUCGUAACCUCAGAGAUGUGACCAGAGUCAGGAUUCAGGCAGACAUGGGAUGUGAUCCUAAAGAAUCUCCUGUGUGGAACAACAUCGGGACCAGUCUGACGUUCCAUAUUCCAGAUAGACAAACAAAGGGCGUAGUCAAAGUUUGCGUUCUCCUUACAGACGGAAGCUGCCACAGCAACUUUGCAAUCAUGUAUCAGUCAUCCCCAAUCUGCACUGAUAUUGUACCAAGCAGCAGCUGGAGAAGUGGGAAGAGGAAGGUCACUCUUAUUGGGACACACCUGGAUUUGGUGGACAGUGUCACACACAUCAACGCCCCACAGGAAGUCAUACUUCCCAGGAACCGCAGCUCUCAGAAUCUCAUCUAUGAAACACCUGCAGCCAAAAACACAGAUUUUUCCAGCAGCGUCGUGUUUCUAAAAGUAGCCAAUCAAACGUUAACCUGCCGUACAGAAAUAGCUUACUAUCCUGACCCAGAGUUUACCAGCUUCACAGCCGUGAGGGAAGGAGAGGAUGUCCGCAUCGUUGUUCAAAAAAAGGUAGAUAACCUGGAGAUGAAAACAGCUGAGUUGAAAGUUGUUGGCAUUCAGAAUGAAAAGGAAUAUCCCUGCAUCAUAAAAUCCAAAGAAAUCAGCAACAAGACAGAAACGUUUAUCUGUGAGAUCGAGGGAUUGCAUAACGCGGACUUUGAAGAAGUUAAGGUCAGUUACGGAGGUACGUCUGUAACACUGAACAAGUCAUCUUCACUAUCCGUUUUAAUUCUACUUGUCAUUCUCCUGAUUCCCAUCAUCAUUAUUGCGGUGCUUGUUUUCUACCGAAGACAACAGAAGCAGCUCACUAUUAAGAUGAACAGGUUAAUGGAAGACCUGGAGCUCGACAUUAGGAAUGACAUUAGACAAGGCUUUAUAGAUUUACAGACAGAGAAAGCUGAUCUGAUGGAAAACGUCGGAGCGAUUCCUUUCCUAGACUACAAGCACUUUGCGUCCAGAAUCUUCUUUCCUGAGAGUGAAUUGUUAAUUAAGCUGUGUAUCAAAGACAUUGGUCAGGAUACGGAGAAUCUUCAGCUUGAUGAGCGUUGCCAGACUUUCUCCAAGCUGAUCCAGGACCAGCUCUUUCUCAUCACCAUGGUGCACACUUUAGAGGAGCAGAAAAGCUUCACCAUCAAAGACAAGUGUUCACUUGCAUCUCUGAUCACUGUGGCCCUUCACAGCAACCUGUCGUACCUGACGGAGGUGAUGGAGGUUCUGCUGAAGGAUCUGAUGCAGCGGAACAGUAACACUCAGCCCAAACUGCUGCUAAGACGGACAGAGUCUACGGUGGAGAAGCUGCUGACGAACUGGGUGUCAGUCUGCCUCUACGGCUUCCUGCGGGAAAGUGUUGGGCAACAUCUGUACCUGCUGGUGAGCGCGCUCACACAGCAGAUCUCCAAAGGACCGGUGGACUCUGUUACAGAGAAAGCUCUGUACACACUCAGCGAGGACUGGCUGCUGUGGCAGGCGCAGGACUUCAGCCCUGUGAAGCUGAAGGUGCUGUUUGCAGUGGGCAGUGAUGGAGAGGUUAGCGAGCCUCUGGAGGUGGACGCCCUCAACUGUGACACCGUGGAGCAGCUCAAAGAGAAAAUCCUCAACACCUUCAAGACCAAGUUUGGUUUCCCCUACAACACCCUUAUCAGAGAUCUUUGCAUUGAAUACGAGAAGGAUGGAUCAUUUCUUCCUCUUGUGGAGGUUGGUGCAGGCUCUGAGGUGAUUGGGGAGGUGACGAAGCUAAAUACACUCAGGCACUACAAGGUGAAUGACGGGGCCACAAUUAAAGUGCUUUCAAGGAAAACGCAUCCUCCACUAAGCCCUCAAGAGAGUGUGAAAGAUGAUGAGAACUUCUCUGGAAAAUAUUUCCAUUUGAUUGAUCCUGAUGUAGUGGAGGACCAUGGAAAGAACCCAGAGAGGAAGAAGCUAAAACUGAAGGAAGUGUACCUGACCAAGCUGCUCUCCACCAAGGUGGCAGUUCAUUCAUAUGUGGAGAACGUCUUCAGGUCUAUCUGGGGGAUGUCCCAAACCAAAGCUCCACUUGCCAUCAAAUACUUCUUUGACUUCUUGGAUGCUCAGGCAGAGAACAUGAAGAUCACUGAUCCAGAUGUGCGACACAUCUGGAAGACCAACAGUUUGCCGCUGCGGUUCUGGAUCAACAUCCUGAAGAACCCUCAGUUUGUCUUUGACUUGGAGAAGACUCCACAUUUGGACGGCUGCCUGUCCGUCAUCGCUCAGGCCUUCAUGGACUCCUUUUCUCUGAGUGAGACCCAGCUGGGGAAGCAUGCACCGACCAACAAGCUCCUCUAUGCCAAAGAUAUUCCCAUGUUCAAGCAGGAGGUGAAGGCUUACUACAAACAGAUCAGAGAGCAGUCAGCAGUGACCGAUGCUGAAUUCAAAGAAUUCCUGCAGGGAGAAUCAAAGAAACAUGAAAACGAGUUCAAUGAAGCCGCAGCCCUCAUACAACUCUACAAAUACGUACAGCGAUACUUCUCAGAGAUCAAUGAGAAACUGACCAGUAACGGCGCCCCCGUUGAGCUGACAGAGCAACUGCAGCAUGUAAAAGACUUGUUUGAUGGACUGAAGUCCUGCUCCUGGAACUGACUUGAUCUGUUGUUGAACUUAGAUGAACUUUGGCAGGAGGGGAGGAAACGUCUUUCACAUCUAUGAUGAGUUACAGCUAAGUAACAACAUUUCACACCUCCUUCAGCAAAGAUGGGGCUGAAACACUGCUUCAGAGAAGAUCAGAACACCAGCUGACCGUGCUGAUGAUAUUCAAGCAAUGUUUGCGACCAACAGAGACUUCUCCUAAAUUUUCUGCUUUGAUAUAGGCUGGAAAUCAAACCCUGUGAGGUUUCAGUGCCGUCAGGAGUCGACAGUAAGGACCUAGGAGAGACUGCAUAUAGAAACAGAAACCACCAGCACCUUUGAAUCUGAUCAGAAACAGUUGCAUCAAAUAUUACACAUCAGCAUUACAGAUGACACAAAGUGAGCCACAGAUGAGUCACAAAGCAGACUGAUGCCUGAGUUAUUAUUCAAGUAAAAACAAUAAUAAUCUGUACAUCUCAUGUGCAAGUUGCAGGAUAUUGUGCCUUCUUCUCAACAGCUCCAUACAAAUCCUUUCCAGACCAGGAGUCUGCAGCCUCGGGCUUUUUAAGCCCAGAACCGGGGAUCAUAACAUAAACCAGGAAGGCCCUAAAACUAAACGGUGAUUUUACAUCAGAAAGAGAAUAAACAGGCAAAUUUCCAAAGUUUUUCUAUGCAAUAUUUUCCACAGAAUUUAAGCACCCCCUUUGUUCAUAAAUAUGAAACAUUCUUGUAAGGAACAUGUAUUUCAUUAUGAGUCUGUUCUUCUGUUCUAAAAUCCACCAAAUAAAAUUAAGUGCUUUAAUGUAACCAUAAAA